UUUCUUUCUCUAUACAACAGAAAAGUUGUGCCGUUUCCUCUCUCGCUUUCCAUUACGCUUUUCUCUGUAACUCACCCGUUAACUCUCUCACGCCGGCCACCAUUCUCCGCCAUUGCACGCCUUCCACUGCUCAUGUUACAUCAUCUGUUGCAAUACCUCUCAAAAAAGCAGUUGGACAGGACCACCGCCUCAGACUCCCUCGUAUUGUUGUGCAGUAUUUUUCUCCAAGGGUACAAUCAGUGUUUGUGUUGGUGCUCUCCUCACCCAACCUUCAGUUAGUGUUUUAUCAAAGAUUCAACCUGCUACAACGUGUUAAUUGAUUAAAGGUAUGGACAAAGCAUGGACUAAACUCCCAAGACAUUGGAAUAAGUAUAGAAAAGGUGUUAGAAAUUUUUUAGAUUUUGCCUAUACCAAAGGAAGACCUCAAGGACGUGAAAUUUCUUGUCCUUGUGCUCAUUGUGCAAAUUGCAAAUGGGAAAGAAGACAUGUGGUUCGCGAUCAAUUAAUAGCUGCAGGUUUUGUAGAAGGAUAUGAUAUUUGGGUAAACCAUGGAGAGGAUAUACCAUCGCCUAUGAAAAUUGACAAGGACACCAAAGCGCAAGAGAGCUCACUUGAUGACAUUGAUGGCUUAUUGUAUGACACAUUUAGAAAUGUGGUUGAAGCAGAGGAAAGUAGUGAAGCUCCCAAUGAAGAUGCGAGAAAGUUCUACAAACUGAUUAAUGAGGCAAAGCAAGAGCUAUACCCCGGAUGUGAAAGCUUCUCUACUUUAUCAUUCAUAAUUCGACUUUACUUGCUGAAGUGUCUGCAUGGAUGGAGCAAUGCAUCAUUUACUUCCCUUUUAGAAUUAUUGAAAGAAGCGAUUCCUGAAUUAAACAUUCCUGAAUCUUUUAACAAAACAAAAGGGAUGAUUAGUGAUUUGGGUCUCGAUUACAAAAAAAUUCAUGCAUGUCCAAAUGAUUGCAUGUUAUAUUGGAAAGAACAUGAGAAUGAUAACUCUUGCAAUAUUUGUAAGGCUUCACGAUGGAAAGAAUUUCCUCACGUAGAGAGUGAGUCUUCUGGGCAUGCGAAAUAUGAUCAUAAAAUUCCUGCUAAGGUUUUGAGACAUUUUCCAUUGAUUCCACGAUUUCAAAGGUUAUUUAUGUGUUCAAAGACGACAAAGGAAAUGAGGUGGCAUGAAGAAGAACGCUCAAAGGAUGGAAAAUUAAGGCAUCCCGCAGAUGGACAAGCAUGGAAGGAUUUUGAUAGACUUCAUCAUGACUUUGCUUCUGAGCCUCGUAACAUAAGACUUGGCUUAUCCAGUGACGACUUCAAUCCAUUUCGGACCAUGAGCUUAUCACACAGUACAUGGCCUGUCAUGAUGGUAGUAUACAACUACCCUCCUUGGUUGUCCAUGAAAUCUGAAUAUACAAUGUUAUCAUUGUUGAUUCCUGGGCCACAAUCACCGGGGAAUGACAUUGAUGUGUACCUUCAACCAUUAAUUGAGGAGUUAAAGGAGCUAUGGGAGUUAGGAGUAGACACAUAUGAUGCCUCAAAAAAUCAAACAUUUAAAAUUCGUGAUGCACUCCUAUGGACAAUUAGUGAUUAUCCUGGGUAUGCUAUGUUAUCAGGUUGGAGGACCAAAGGAAAGUUUGCAUGUGCGUGUUGCAAUCAUAACACUAAAUCAUCAUAUUUAAAAAAUAGCCACAAUAUGUGCUAUAUGGGUCAUCGUGUCUUUUUACCAAUGAGCCAUGCUUGGAGGUUAAAUAAAAGGUCCUUUAAUGGAAAGAAAGAACUUAGGUCUGCACCUUCUUUGUUAAAAGGAACAGAAAUUGUGGAAACCUUGAAAGAUUUUGAGAAUGAGUUUGGUAAAAAAAGAAGAAGAAAAGAGAUGGUCCAUGGAAGAAAAAAUCAAUAUUUUUUGAGUUACCUUAUUGGGCUGAAAAUACAUUACGUCAUAAUCUUGAUGUGAUGCACAUUGAAAAAAAUAUAUUUGAUAAUAUUAUUGGGACUCUUUUAGACAUACCAGGGAAGACAAAAGAUCACAUUAAUGCUCGUUAUGAUUUGAAAGAUAUGGGAAUAAGAAAGAAGCUUCAUCCAAAAGAGAUUGGUGGAGGUCGUGCAGAGAUUGCAAAAUCUUGUUUUUCAAUGAAUGCGCGUGAAAAGACUAUUUUUUGCGGUGUUUUGAAGGCUGCCAAAUUACCAGAUGGGACUGCAUCAAACAUUUCAAAGUGUGUGCAAGUUAGUAAUAAGAAAGUGUUUGGCUACAAGAGUCAUGACGCACAUUUCAUGUUACAUUACUUAUUACAAGUAGCGGUAAGAAGCACCUUGCCGAAUGCAGUGGCUGAACCUCUAAUUCGUUUAGGGUCAUUUUUUCGCUCUCUGUGCAAAAAAGUUAUCCAAGAGCAAGAUUUGAAUUUCUUAGAAGCUGAGAUUGCAGAUAUCCUCUGUCAAAUGGAGAUGAUUUUCCCUCCAAGUUUUUUUGAUAUAAUGGUUCACUUGCCUAUUCAUUUAGCAAAUGAAGUUAGAUUGGGCGGUCCAGUUCAAUUUCGGUGGAUGUAUCCCACUGAAAGAAGCUUAUGUAAACUUAAAAGUUAUGUUCGUAAUAGAGCUCAUCCCGAAGGAUCUAUUGCGGAGGCAUAUUUGGCUGAAGAAGCUUUUACUUUUUGCUCAAGAUAUUUGCAUGACAAUGUAGACACAAGGUUGAAUAGAAAGAGUCGAAAUUAUGACAAUAAUGACUUGUGUGAUGUGGAUUUAAGCGAUUACUUUUCAUGUAUUGGUCGCUCAUUAGGUGGGAAGAAAAAUGGUACACCAUUUUUUCUAGAUUCAACUACAAAAGCCCAAG